AUGGGAAACGUAUUCCGUAAGCGUGUUGCCCCAGCUGAAGAGCUCGAAACAAUAUCCGCACAAGUCAAAUAUUUCCGAGAAGAUAUUCAAGCCACCGCUGACCGCAGAAAAUGCGUAUUGUGGCGAUUAACAAUUCUUGUAUUCUUUCUAACAACUUCUGCCAUUGCAUAUGGAGUCCUGAAAUUCCAGGAUAAAAGCUGGGUGCUGAUUUCCGGUUCGUUGGCCACGGUCGGGCUACUUUUAUUAUAUUUGGUGCGAAGAGUCAUCAAUGCUUAUUAUGCAUACUCGGUUGCUAGAAAGCAGAGACACCUUGAUACGGCGAUUGAGAAGAAAAAACAGGUUCUGGAGAAUGUAAAGGAGACGGAGACGUUUAAAGUAGCGCAACAGUUGCUGGAGAAGUAUGAUGAAGGGGAGAGAGUGGAGAAGAAGCCGGAAGCGAAGGUGGAUGCUGAUGGAUUUAAGGUUCCGGAAGGGAAACCGAAUGAGGUUGUGCCCCAAACUCCUCAGAAUAAGAAUAAUGGAAAUGGGAGAAUGCCGAUGGCUACACCAACUCCAGGAGGGCCAGGGCCGAAGAUAAAUCCGAGGACUGGAGCUCCAACUCCGAUGAAGCCUAUGCCAAGGACGAUGCCGGUGCGGCCUUUUGUUCCGGAGGGGAAGACACUUACGGACAAACUUGUCGACUACUUCCUCGGCGAUGGCCCCGGCAGCCGCUAUGCCCUUUUAUGCCAAAAUUGUCAUGCUCACAACGGAAUGGCCCUCCCCGCCGAAUACGAGUACCUCCCAUUCUGCUGCUUCCGCUGCGGCCACCUAAACCCGGCCAAAAAACUUCGUUCUCAUUUGGCCCCAUCUGCAGCACCAACCCCUGCUCAUGGAUCUCCUCUAGAAAAGCCGGUCCCUCUAAGAAAUCGGGCACCACCUCAGAAAAAUGAGGUCGAGGAGAAGGAGAAGCUCCUGGAAGCGCCGGAGGAGAAAACAUCAGAC